AUGACACUUAAUGAAAAAAGAAGGAAUAUGUCAGUGUCAGACUGAGCUUGACAUUGACAAUCCAAUUUUAAUUUUUAGCUAAUUUUGAUCAGCGACAUUGUUUUCCGUCUCCUCUCCUCAUUAUCCUUAAUUAAAACAAUCAAUGGUAACUUAAAACUAUAGCCAAAGUACUAAACAUGAAAGAAAAAUGGAAUUUUAUUUUAUACCUAUUGUGGUUUUCUUAUUUGAUUAUGUCCGCUGUGGUCAUGUUCGGCCAGGGUUUUCUUUUAUCCCGCAAGACUUUGAGCGAUGUGACAGAAUGCGUGCCUUUAAGCAGGGUAGGGUGCGACGGCCGAGAGACGAACUCUAGUCAAGUUUCGUGUAGUGAAAAUGAGAAGAUCCGUCGUAUUUUAUCUAAUCCUGGUGCGCCGAUAGUAUGCGCGGGUGAACGGAACAGGGUUAUGUUUGUGUUGGUGGACGCGCUGCGUUACGACUUCACGGACUUUGACGAGGGUUUGGUCAAGCCGCUGCCGUACCAGAACCGGCUGCCGGUGAUCCGGCGAACGCUGGAGCGCUGGCCUGAUCGCGCGCGACUGUUCCGCUUCAUGGCUGACCCGCCCACCACCACGUUGCAACGCAUCAAGGCGCUCGUCACAGGCUCUCUGCCCACUUUCAUAGAUGUCAGCUCAAAUUUUGCUGCUGUAGAGAUGCAGGAAGAUAAUACAAUAGACCAGUUGUUUAGAACAGGAGGCAAAGCAGUGCUGCUGGGAGAUGACACCUGGUCCAGAAUCAUCCCUGGCAGAUGGAUGAGAUCCCAUGCUAUGUACUCAUUCCACACUUGGGACUUGGAUACCGUAGAUUUAGAAAUAGAUUCUAAAAUAUAUGACGAGGCACUAAAAUCCGACUGGGACCUUCUCCUAGCCCACUACUUAGGAGUAGACCAUGCAGGGCACAGAUAUGGACCAAACCACCCAGAGAUGACCAGGAAACUUGAAGAAACUAAUGCUAGGCUGGAAAAGAUUAUAAAAAUGCUGCCACCAGAUGUCCUACUUUAUGUCAUUGGUGACCAUGGCAUGACCGAGACAGACUGGCAUACAUGGAAUGAUGGUGAUCAUGGUGGAGAGAGCAAAGCAGAGCGGACAGCAGCCUUCUUCGCAUACCGCGGCGCGGGACUCUCAGAUGUGGACACAACUCCACCGGGCAGUGAAGUUCAACAGACUGAUUUCACACCUACAGUCAGUGCGGCGCUCGGAUUGCCGCCCCCGGCGCCUUCGCUAGGGAAUCUUCAGCUGUCUGUGUUACCUAAAACCACUGUGCCAGUUAUGUUGUUGCAGAUGACUAAUGUUUUGAAACAGAUAUCACAAUACCUAGUAAGGUAUGGCGAGGAGUCGACCCAAGUGCCCCUCGAUAAGCUGGCCGUGCUGAUAAACGCGACGAGGGAGCAGAUGAGCAAGGCGUCUGCCGUGGAAACUGUUGACGAACUGAAUGUUUUUAUUGCUGAUGUAAAGGCAUUGGUCAACACCACACGUAGUAUAUUCCGCGAAGUAUGGGUGGAGUUUGACUCCCUGUCAAUGUUACGCGCGUUACUACUCUUCAUCCUGGCCAUAUUCUUCAACUGGCUUGUCACUGAAGGGCUCCCUAUAGACCGAAUCCCGCUAAUAUUCGCGAGCUCUUUCGUUCCAACUGGAUAUAUAUCAAUGGCUGUAUGCAUAGGGAUAUGUUACACCGCUUAUUAUUUACAAAUAAUAGAAAACGUCCUACACUCGAUCAUUUUAAGUACUGGCAUAGUGUCCGGAGUGUUGACAGGCGCUUUGGUGGUAAUGCAUUGGGACGGUAUAUCCACAAGAUGGUAUGAAGGCCGAUCGACGUUUUACGAGCGCUUCGCUAGAGGCGCCCUAGUCGCUUCUGCUGCAGUUUUAGUAUCAAACAGUUACAUAAUAGAAGAGGGUGCCGGUUUAGCCUUCCUAUCUUUAUCAGUGCUCGGUUUGAUGGCGUGGAAUGUGGGCACGUUGAAAGCGGCAGGGCUGUGGGCUUGCUUUGGAGUGGUGUUGGCGUGUUCGCGGCCUUAUAGAGGAUGUCGGGAGGAGCAGGGGGACUGUUGGACGUCGGGCGGCGCGGCGAAUCGGGAGCAGGCGUCUAGAGCGGCGCUAGUGCUGGCACUAGGGUCAGUGGCGGGUUUGGUGGCGGUGGGGCGGCGCGCGACGGGCUGGCGCGGGCUGGCGGCGGCGGCGGCCGCGCUGCUGGCCUGCGCGCACUGGGCCGUGGGCUGGGGCGCGUUAGGAUCAGCAGGCCGCUCGCGAUUACUGGCGCGCGCCGCUUGGCUAGCCCUGGCCGCCGGCCUAGGGCUCCUCUUGCGGCGCGACGGCCGCGGCGCUGUUCUGCCUCUACUCGUGUGCUCGCUACUACUCUAUGUGGCUAACACCCUAGUAUUGGGUGCCGCUUAUGCUCCGGCCGCGGCGAUAGCACUACUGUCUGGUUAUUUGGCUUUGAAUAUCGUGGCGCUGUUGAAGACCGACGGCUCUGCUAAGUCAUCCAUGGCGACGCGCUGCAAUUCCAGCGUGGCGUGCCUCUGGGUGUUGCUCGGCUCGUAUCACUUCUACGGCACCGGGCACCACGCCACCAUUGGCCACAUUCGCUGGGCGCCGGCCUUCCACGCCGGAGACCCGCACUAUACCGGCUUCGGUCCGGCUAUCAUCGGUCUCUUUAUGACGCUAGAGCUGUUCGGAAUGCCCCUGCUGUUCGGUGCAGCCGCCCCGCUGCUCGCGCUGUGGCGCGGCGCCGGCGCGGCGGGCGCGCGCGCGCAGCUCACGGCCGUCUUCCUCGUGUGCCUCAAGUUCGCGCUCUGCUUCGCUAUCAGGUCGUUCGUGUGCGCCCUGUCGGCCACCAUCCACUGCCGGCACCUGAUGAUCUGGGGCGUGUUCACGCCGAAGCUGCUGUUCGAGGCGGGCGCGUGCGGCGCCGCGCUGCUCGGCGCCACGGCCGGCGCCGCCCUCGCCGCCUGCCACGCGCCCGCCCACCACAGGAACAGUUGACACAAACAUUCAACCUAGGAACGAUGACUCAAAUACAUACUCUAAUAAAACAUGGUCUUCUCUUCCCAGAGUGACACGAGUCUACGUCACAACAACAUGGCCGCUAUAUAUAGCGCUAUCGCAUAUUAUCAUAUAGCGCUGUCGCAUGAUGACGUAGGCUUGUGUCAGUCAGGUGACCUAGAAAAGACGGGAAGAGAGUACCAGGCGAGUAUAUUAUUAUACCAUGAGUCAAAUGAUAGGUUACUGGACGUUGUAUUGGCUGUUGCGAGUUGUGAUCGAUUUGUUAGUGAGAGGAGGAGCUAAAGUCAAAGUAUAUUAGAUGGCCUUCUUGUCUCGCAUUUAGUAUAUAUGGAUUGAAUGGGCUUUUUAGGGAUGCCAUUUAGUGAUACUACUAUUUUUAUCGUAGGAUGUUUGUUUUACAUUGUAAAAUAUUCUUUGUUCUGAAGAUCCGAGUUACUUUGGAAAGCACAGGUAAAUUCGAACGAUGUAAUAAUUUAUGUCUAUGAAUAGAGUCACAAAAGGAAAAAACCGGUCAAGUGCGAGUCGGACUCGCGUUCCAAGGGUUCCGUACAUAAGUUAGUUGCCUGAAAUAAAAAAUUUCAUUUCAUUUCAUAAGUCCGACUCACGCUUGACUGCACAUUUCUAAUACAUUUUCCUGUCAUCUAUAGGUAAAGUACUAUUUUGUGUAUUUUUUACAAAAUUUUAGGCCCAGUAGCUUCAGAGAUUAAGGGGGGGGGGGAGGGAUCAAUGUUGGUAGGUGGCAUUAUGUACGAUAUAGCUUUAAUACUAGUUUUUGCAUUUUUAGCAUUUCGUGUCGUAAUGGAGGUGUAAUGACAUUAUUGGGAAUGUUUAUAAUUUUUAAAUUGUAUGGCUGGUACAAUUUAAAAACUCCAUUGGGAUAUGGGUUUGAGUUGCGGUUAGUGAUUGUACCCAUUUACUGUCAAAUGUGGCAAUAUCUAAUAGUCCUUUGGACAGUUCCUCUUAGUAACGAUAACUGGCAAUAAGUCGUUUUAAUUUUCAAUGUGGUCUAGUCUUGAGGACUGGGACUCCUAGAAAUUGCCGUAAUAGUAUUAAUAGUUAUACAUUUUUUAUGAUAUUUAAUGUAAAAUAAGAUUGUAAACUGACACUGCCGUAGAGCUUGUUUGUUGAAAUUCUGAAAGGAUAUUGUUGCAAGGAUAAUAUUACAUUUUUGUUAUUUUAGAAACCCAGCUUGUGAUUCGUGAUAUUUGCCAGAACCAAUUAAUAGAAAAGUGAACUAAAUUGUGUAUUCGUUUAUGACGUGAAAUCGAAUUUAUAAAUUGUUGCUUAAAAAUUGACAUUAUAACUUGUUUAAAUUACAUGUGAAAAUGAACUUUAUUGUUAUAUAUCAAGAAUCGUUUUGCAUUUAAAAGUUUAGGUUAACAAUAUGCAAAACUCGAAAUGUUUUUCCUUGCGCCCAUUUUGGCGCUGGUGCUCAGAGAUUGAGAAGUAUUUUUUCGUUGUGUGCUUGUAUCAUAUUAUCCUAGGUAGGGUGAAUCGUCAUAGUACUUAAUAGACGAUUUACCCUACCUAUCGAGAGUACAAUUGUCGUCACAAACCGGAUUGUCUUUACCAGUUUAAUGGGCGUGGUAUGUGUACAUAUUUUACUAAGAUAAUGUGAAAUGAAAUAUUUAAUUUAUGUAAAUUAUAUAAGUACAUCACUGAUUCACUGCCAAUAAAUGACCAUGAUGCUUUUAUAGUUCAUUACUAAAUUUUAAAUGAUGUUGUAUUUUAAUGUUGACAAAAUUGUGCGGUUAGACUGAAAAUCUUUUUCAAAAAAUUUGUAGAUCCAAUAGGGAUGAAUUUAUUAUGACAGUGAUAUUAUAGUGGUCCUUGUAGCAAUGUAGAGAACCAACCUUGUGUUGUAGAUUGUACCAUCAGUAUUUUAGGGUCACUAUUGUUUCCCAAAAAGUUAAAGUCAUAAUGUAUUAUUUGUUUGCAUUUUCGUUACUCAUAAUUUGUUUGGUUCAGAAACGUGUAACUUUUCAGGAAUGCCAUAAAACAAACCU